CAGUGCAGAGGACACAACUCCAGUGCACGCAGCGGGUGUAGGUGAGAUAUCUGUUGAUAACACCGACGAAAUUUCCAAAGGCGCAUCAAUGGUGGCGGGUUCGCUUUCUGCGCCGCCUGUUGCUUGUUGUGAGUUGCUGUGCUGUCUUUCCUUGUCUUUCCUUCCUUGUUGUUCCUUGUUGUUGAUUGGUGGACGCCUUGCCAUUGGCACACAUCGACAAGCAGUGCAGAGAGACAACGGGCGCGCGUGUGCUGUUUUGUCGUUUGGAGAGGAAAACGCAACAAACAGGAGAGACCGGCGAUGAGUGAGCACUCAACGGAGUACAGCAACCACGGGCACGACGUGGACGACCAUGAUGAUGACUUGGGUGAUCACCACCCGCAUCACCAGUUCCACAGCCACGAAUCCGCUUCGGCGUUUGCCGGUCUUUUUGACCGAGACUCACGCAAGCAGCGUGCGAUUCAAGAGCGGAAAUAUCGCGCGAAACGUGAAAAGUAUGAAGAGGAGAAGCAGCGCAUGCUGCAUCGUACUGGCUACGACCUGUCCUUGAAGACCAUCAAGACAGGGCUGCUGAAGGUGCGCAACCAGCUGCGCAGCUGGGUCAAAUUCUACUGUGAGCUGCGCCACGGUAUGCUGAUCAUGUACAAGGAGGACAAGCACGACGCCUGGAUGGACACCAUUCUCCUUUCCGGCGGGCUGGUGAUUGAGCGGCCGAGCAGAAAGGAAGGAUUCACCUUCAAGUUCUCCCACCCGCUUAAGCAGUCCAUCCACGCGCCUAGAGGCCCGCGCGGGGAGCUGUGGAUCAACCUGCUGCGCAUGCCCUCAGACCACUGUAUCUUCCGCGUGGCCACUGCCGAGGAGUGCGACGAGUGGAUUGCCGCCUUCAAGCACGCCAUUUACGGCGCUCACCCGGCCUACGAUGAGCUCAUGACAGGCGCCAUCACCACGGGGCUGGUUGAUGACGACGACGACCUUGUUGCGCGCUCCCCGCUGUCUCGCCUCGGCACGUCUGGUCCCGCGGGUGCACGUGGGCGGGCAGGCUCUGGGGGUGAUUUGGCCCCAUCGCUGGAGCAGCCGUCGGCGCUGUCGCUGAGUCUUCAGAAGCGGCUGAGGGCGGCAGGCACGCAGCAGGCGGAGAACGAGGACAAGGACCAGGAUGAUGCCGACGAUGUUGUGCCGCAGCCUCGCUCCAGCCCGCCAGCAGAGUACAGCCCGCCUGCGCCCCCGGUUGCUGUGGACGAGACGGAGUGGGUGCCGACUGCGCCGCUCAUCUCCGAUGAUGACACGGCGCCAGCGCAGGUCCUCAGCGACGAGACAAGGAACCGCCUCUGGGCAAUUGCAGCAAAGCUUGACGUUGGUGCGUCGCUGCCUGUGCCAAUUGAGUUGCGGCAGCCACAGUCCGAGCUUCAGCGCCUCUCAGACCUCUUCCUCCACGCAGACUUCAUCACAGACGCCGCAAAGCACAAGCUGCCCCGGUGCCGGGUUGUGUGUGUGCUGCGGUGGGCCGUGUCAGCGCUGUGCAACCGACCAGCAGGAAUGGCGGUCCCGCUCCCCGCUGCCCCCGGCGAAGUCUUCCGCUGCCACUUUGAGUGCCCACAGCACAGCGCAACCCCGCCCACGCGCGCAUUCUUCGUCGCUGAACUCGUUGAUUCCUCGAACCACACGGUCGCCUUUGAGCUGACAAACCGGCAGGCUGGCUGGCGUGUCCUUGGCUCCCUCGCCCCAACGACGAAAUUCUUUGGCAACACCAUCACGCACGAGUACCAUGGCACGAUAUCUGUGCGCCUGGACCACUUUGGAGAGACGUACAGCGUGCAGCUGCCAAAACGCGUCACCCGCGGCGUCAUCAACGGCCGCACGUCAACAUGCCUGCAGGGCGCCCUCAAGGUCGCCUGCGCAGCCACGGGGCUCAGCUGCACGAUGCACGUGGAUACGCACGUGCGUGGAAGUGUGACGGGUCGCGUCACGGACGCGGAGACAGACGGCCUCACCAUCUCGGGCUCGUGGUCUGGUGGCAUUCACAUCGCCCGCGGCGAAACACAGCAGCUGCUGCUAGCAUGCACAUCUGCGGAGCUUCGGGCGCGCCGCCUUUCCAAGCGCGUCGUCGCUCCGUCCCAUCUCUGGACACAGGCGUCCACAGACGUGGAUGUGACUGAUUCGCAGGUGCUGUGGGCGGCUGUCCAGCGCGCCCUCCUGCAGUCCUCAAUCGGCGCUGCGCAGGCCGCAUACGAUCGCAUCAUCAGGACCGCAGCGCAGCAGAGCAACGAUCGCUACUACAGCAAGUUCUUUGCGCCGCAGAGCGACGGGUGGCUGUGCACAACCACCAUUGACCGCGCGUGGGACUACGGCCAGGACGUGUACGAGUACCAGCAGCAGGGCGAGCUCAAGGUGCUGACGGUGGACGACGCUGGGCUGCAGAUCAGCGGUGACACGGCUUCCCCGCCUACGCUCCGGCGCCGCCACGCGUCCGUACACACAGACACGGACUCGCACGCCGCUGUUGAUGUCGCCGCAUACACACGCGCACGCGCCCCGACAUACGCAACAUCCCCCAUGUCCAAGGCGGUGACCCCUGUGACGCCUGGUGACCUGACUGCUGCUGCUGCUUCGCUGCCGUCCAACACGUGGGAGCGAGAGGUGCAGGCGCUUGAGCAGCGAAUGUUGACGGUCGAACGCAUGCUCGCACGUGAACGCCUCACCCUCCUCACCUGCAUCCUCCUCUUCCUCCUCGUCCUGCUGCUGCGGUCGUGGUCGUGGUCGUGGCCGUGGUGAGCCCUGACGGAUACGAAUGUGGCAACACCAGCGGAUCAAGCGAGCGCACCUGAAACGUUCUGCCUUGUUGCCUUCAUGUGCACCCGCCCUGUUUGCACACGCAUGCACGGCAUAUAAUGUGCUGUAGUUGUUGCUUGCUCACCUAUGACGCCCUCACUUCACCCCGACAUGCGUAAUCCCCUUGUAGCUGAACAUGUGUGUGUGUGUGCGUGUGUGUGUGUGUGUGUGUGUGUGUGUGUGUGUGUUUAUGCUGUGGUACGCUGAUGGUAGUAUCCUUGCUUGUUUGCGGGUUCUUUUAAUCCCACCUUCCUUCCAUACAUCAUGGUACCAUUCGCA